AUGAAGUUUGGUCGACUGGGUUUCCAUUUCUUCCCCCUUCCCGUUCAAUCAAAUCAUCGAAACCCUAAUCUCUUCAUCAGGCCUAAGCAUCCUUGUCGUUCGCUACCCUUGUUUCAACUAAGGUUCAUGUCUGAUCUUGAAGUUCAAGUCCCCACUGCCUUUGAUCCGUUUGCUGAUGCAAAUGCUGAGGACGCUGGUGCUGGAACAAAGGAAUACGUGCACAUACGUGUUCAGCAGCGUAAUGGUAGAAAAAGCCUGACGACUGUCCAGGGACUCAAGAAAGAGUAUAGCUAUAGCAAGAUCCUUAAAGACCUCAAGAAAGAAUUCUGCUGCAAUGGCACUGUCGUCCAGGACUCUGAGCUAGGACAGGUUAUUCAGCUUCAAGGUGAUCAGAGGAAGAACGUCUCUACCUUCCUUGUUCAGGCUGGUCUUGUGAAGAAGGAUAACAUCAAGAUCCAUGGUUUUUGA